UUCUCAAACACAGUUUCUCACUCUGCAUCUUAAUCUUCUUUCAAUUUUCCAAAUUUCAAUUUCCCAAACAAAAAUGGCACCCAAAGGAGAGAAGAAACCCGCCGAGAAGAAACCCGUGGAAGAGAAGAAAUCCACCAUAACCGAGAAGACUCCCGCCGAGAAAAAACCCAAGGCCGGAAAGAAACUCCCAUCUAAAGACGCUGCCGCCGCCGGAGACAAAAAGAAGAAGAGAAACAAGAAAAGCGUCGAGACCUACAAGAUCUACAUCUUCAAGGUUCUGAAACAAGUUCACCCUGACAUUGGUAUCUCAAGCAAGGCCAUGGGUAUAAUGAACAGUUUCAUCAACGACAUCUUUGAGAAGCUUGCUGGAGAGUCUUCGAGGCUUGCGAGGUAUAACAAGAAGCCGACGAUAACGUCGAGGGAGAUUCAGACUGCGGUUAGGCUUGUACUUCCGGGAGAGUUGGCUAAGCAUGCUGUGUCUGAGGGGACUAAAGCUGUUACCAAGUUUACAAGCGGUUAGGGUUUAACAGUGUUGUUGUUGUUUAGGGGUUCUUGUUACCUGGAUCUGGCUUUAGGUUAUUUUACAUUUGAAGUAUUUGGAUCUUAUUCUUAUCUUUAACUUGUGUAAUAUGAAGUAUUUGGAUCUGGUGGAAUUGAUUAUAUUUGUUGUUCACAUCUUUUAUGCAACCAUGUUAUAUUUGAUCGGA